AUGAGCGGUCCCUGGAAGUUCGAGCGGCGGCCUUUCGACCGACGUGCUGCUCUUGAGUCGACUCCUAAUUCAUGGGUUGGGGCUCCUCCUGAUAUUAUCUAUGGCGGUCUCUCGGGUGUAUUCCCUGACGGAAGCGAGGAGUCGGCAAGGAUCAGUGUGUCAGUCAGGGAUACUACGUACCUUCUAGAUUUUUGCGAGUAUGAAUUCUCAGAAGAAGAUGCUCGGCCUGGUUCUCCCCUUGUUGUCGAUCGUAUUCUAUCGGAGUUUCGGUCAUACAGCGAUCAACACCUGGAAAAAGUGAUGGGGGUAGCGAUGCCAUCUUUUGUCGCAGAAAGAUACCCUCGACUCUGUCCCCGUCUAUGGUCAGAGCUUGAUAUUGUUCCAGUGGUGCUACCAGAGGAGAAAAGAUUCAACGAAUUAUACACAUUACCGGAUGCAUUUCAUGGAUGGGAUUCGAGAACUCUCGACGAACAAUCAGAUUCUAUGGGACGAAAAUGCGUUAGGGUCUUUGGUCCGGACAAUGCUCCUAUAGUCCAAGUCGGGUACCUAGGUCUUGUGGAAGUUGAUGCUGCUUUCCGUAUAACUCCUUCUCGAUUGGAUGAUUAUGAGAGAACGGCGACAGCCGGUGUGAUUUCUCAGAUAUAUCAGCUUGCGUCUGACAUCAAGAAGAGAGGCGUCAAGAUUGCUAUUUUCAGUUCUACGCCUCAAGGAGGCGGCGUUGCUCUUAUGAGGCACGCUUUGAUUAGACAUAACCACUAUCUGGGAGUUGAUAUGAAGUGGUAUGUACCCAAGCCGCGGCCCGGCGUCUUUAAUGUCACCAAGACCUCUCACAAUAUCCUUCAAGGGAUAUCAAGGCCCGGCCAGCGGCUGACGGCCAAUGACCAUGCAUUAGUGGUGCAUUGGAUGCAGGAGAAUGCGAAACGGUACUGGCUGCGUCCAGGAGGUCCGAUGCGAAAACCCUCUGAAGGAGGUGCAGACUUUAUCAUCAUUGAUGACCCGCAGAUGCCCGCGUUGAUUCAAAUUGCAAAGCAAAUCGCUCCCAACAGACCUGUCAUCUACCGAAGCCAUAUUCAGAUGCGAAGUGACUUGAUCGAUAUUCCAGGUUCUCCGCAGGAGGAUGUGUGGAACUGGAUUUGGCAGUACAUCCAGAAAGCGGAUAUUUUCAUUAGCCACCCAGUAAGCUCGUUUGUCCCGAGCUGUAUUCCUCGUGAGAAGGUGGGCUAUAUGCCUGCCACGACCGAUUGGCUGGAUGGCUUGAAUAAGCCUCUACGUGACUGGGAUAUUGCUUUCUAUGGCCGGAACUUUAAUUCCUGGUGCAGGAGUAUUGACAUGCCAACAAUCGAUUACCCAGACGACGAAUAUGUCAUCCAGGUCGCGCGAUUUGAUCCGUCCAAAGGAAUUCCUGACCUUUUGGAGGCAUACGAGAAAUUCCACGAGCGCUUAACGAACACGUUCCCCGACAUGCAGCCUCCCAAACUGCUUAUCUGCGGGCAUAGCUCCAUUGACGAUCCAGAGGGGACAAAGGUCUACGACUCUGCGGUAGCUCAUAUUGAACAUGACAUUCCCCACAUCCGCGAUUUUGUCUGCGUCAUGCGAGUUCGUCCGUCGGACCAGGUCCUCAACGCCCUCAUCUCCAAGGCGAAGAUCGCCUUGCAGCUGUCAACCCGCGAGGGGUUUGAAGUCAAAGUUUCAGAGGCCUUGCAUAAGGGAAAGCCGGUUAUUGCUACGAAAGCAGGUGGCAUUCCAUUGCAGAUCCAACACGAGAAAAAUGGAUUUUUGGUAGAAGUUGGAGACACCGAUGCUGUGGCUCGGCAUCUCUUUGAACUGUGGACGGAUCAGGAUCUCUAUAACCGGAUGAGCGAGUACGCUUUCAACAACAUCUCUGAUGAAGUCAGCACGGCCGGUGGUACCCUCGACUGGCUCUACCUGGCGUCCAAGAUGACCAAAGGUGAAGAUGUCAAGCCCAAUGGUCGGUGGAUCCACGAUGUAGCUCGUGAAGAGGCGCUAGAUGGCCAGACUGAUGACGAAAUUAAGUUGAAGAGGGACCUUUAG